UGCCGCACCCUCUCUUCAGGCGCUUGGGGAUUAACCAACCCAGGUGAAGGACAACACGGUAGUCAGUCACUCGAAACUUCACAAAGGGACUUUGGUACUGCCAGGUGUGACCUUUUUUGUUUGAUUAAAGGAACCGUGAGAUUUUGGGGAAAUUGGAUAAGUUAUGCAGCCGUAUGAAAAGAGGAAAGAACUCAAAGGAAUCCAUAUGAAGAGCUCACCCUACUUCCAAAUGGUUUAGAUUGGAUCAUCUCCCUGUCUAUCAAACCUCAAUGCCUCCGCCCACUCCCCAUAAACCAGGUCCUUUAUAACUUCACCAACUGACCCAAACAGUCUCCUCCCCCUGACCAAUCAGGUUUUCGCCCCAACCCCUAAACCCUGCCCCUUUUUGAAUUCCAUCCCCUUCCCGCUCAUUGGCCAAAACAAAGUAGUCAACAACACCAACAACCAACAUCAACCAACAACAACAACAACAACAACAACAACAACAACAACAACAACAGGAAAACCAUGGAUACCGACACCGAAGACCAGCCCGGCUGCUACUACAACAAGUCGGUGGAGUUCUUCUACAUCAACAGUGGCAAGAACAUCAGCUCGGUCUGGCGCCCGCGAGACUACGUGGUCGUCACGCUGGGGAUGGCCGUGUGCAUCAUCGUCAUCCUCGCCAACAUCCUGGUCAUGACGGCCAUCUUCAUCAACCGCCGGUUCCACUUCCCCAUCUACUACCUGCUGGGGAACCUGGCGGCCGCGGACCUGUUCGCCGGAACCUCUUACCUGUUCCUCAUGUUCCACACGGGGCCCUGGACCAUCAAGCUCUCCAAGCACAGGUGGUUCGUACGACAGGGUCUGAUCGACACCAGUCUGACGGCGUCGGUGAUCAACCUGCUGGCGAUCGCGGUGGAGCGUCACCAGACCAUCUUCACCAUGACUCACUGCCACAGCACCAUGACCAACCGGCGCGUGGUGCUGCUGAUCCUGGGCAUCUGGGCCGUGGCCAUCGUCAUGGCGCUGGUGCCCACCAUGGGCUGGCACUGCCUGUGCGACCUCGACGAGUGCUCCACCAUGGCGCCCAUGUACAGCCGCAAGUACCUGAUCUUCUGGGCGUUGCUGAACCUGCUGACGUUCUCGGUGAUGGUUGCCGUGUACACGCGCAUCUUCUGCUACGUGCGGCACAAGAGCCACCGCAUGUCACAGCACACGUCGCAGGUCAAGCACAAGGAGACCGUGGAGAACCUCAUGAAGACCGUCAGCAUGAUCUUAGGUGCGUUUGUGAUCUGCUGGACGCCGGGGCUGGUGGUGCUGCUGCUGGACGGGCUGAACUGCGAGAUGUGCCGCGUGCUGCGCUACGAGAAGUACUUCCUCAUCCUGGCCGAGUGCAACUCGCUCGUCAACCCCAUCAUCUACUCGUACCGCGACAAGGACAUGCGCCGCACCUUCCGCAAGAUCCUCUGCUACCUGUGUCCCGCGCGCUGCAAGCAGGCGGCCGGCGCCGGCGGGGACGGGGACGCCUCGGGCGUGCGCUUCAACACGCUGGACCAGGAGACGAGAAGUUCAAGGAUUUCUUCUUGGUUUCAGACUGUGAAGAACCCAAAGGAGGCCAACGGAACCCAGCUGGAACUCGGGCAGGACGGCCACCUACUGACCUCUUCGGAAAGCUAAGCUAAGCUAACUGAGCUAACCCCCCGCCAGAGGACCGCUAAGCCAACAGAACCAGACAGAAAACCAGAGAGCGGAAGGAAGAGACACAACUGACUGACCCACACAAACCCACCAGAGACUGGACUCUCGG